AUGUCGAAUAUCCCCAAAGCGCGCAGGUCCAACGUGGUCGAUCUCACGGUCAUCCCCGACAAAUGGGACUACUAUCCGUGCAUGGAGCGCUCAUACGUGAAGUCCUGCACGUUCACGAAUCUCUCUUCAUCCACGCAUAUCCGCCACUCCCAGCUCAAGGAUGUCAAACUACACUCUGAAAAUGGGAAAUGCAGCUACAUCGAACACUGCAACCUCGCCGCCUGCACCAUCUCAGACAGCUACCUCGGGCGAUGUCAGCUGCGGGAUUCGCGCGUGGAAGGCGUAGGGCACAUGGAGCGUUCGACGGCGUCGAACUCGGAGCUCGUGGGUGCGGGGAAUAUCGAGCGUUCCACGUUCCGAGACAGUAAGGUGGGCGGGAGGACGACCGUGACGCGGAGCGAGAUAAAGCAGUGUAGUCUUGGGGAGAGUAGCCGAGUAGAGAACAGCGUUCUGGAUACGGUGUUUCUAUGGAACAGCCAGGUGGACAAGGCUGUGCUGACCGGCUGCGACGUGAAGGACUGUAAGAUGACCAAGACCAAACUGUCCGGGAUGGUCCUGAGGUACGGUAUCUGGAACGGGGGCGAUCUUGUCGGGAGAACGAGCAGGGAGCAUGAGGUGAUUGCGAUGCCGCUGGAAGAAUGGAAAGCUCGCGAGAGUCUCGACGAAAAGGGCAAAGAACAAGCGCAGGAGGCCGACUCCGAAGACCACACAGCGGCAACGCCAUCACCUGUCUCCGAUGUCCCAGCAAACGCAAAAGCCCCAUUAACGCUCCAUAUCAACCCGUCUGCACCGCCGUCGUACGCAUCGCUCCAGCAGCAUGACGAAGACGACUCCCAGGCGAGGGUUUCGAGAGAAUUCACGCCUCCAACGCCUUCAUCGACCAGUUUUUCUGACGUGACCGAACUCGUGGACGACGAAAUGGAAACGGUCGACCCCCGAAGCGCGGAAAAGGAGCGGCCGCCUCCACCAUAUCAGCCAUAA